AUGACGCCAACCAGAAACGGCGAAGUGAUCUUCAGCGAAAAGAUCUCGUCUGGCUACCCAGUCCCAAGCAAGACCGUCACAUACGACGACACCGAGACAAUCGAUUUGGACAACAUCCCUCUCGAAGGCGGCGUCCUGAUCAAGACCCUUGCCCUGUCUGUGGAUCCUUACUUCCGAGGCCUCAUGGCGGAGACGACGGACGUGCCUGGGUUUGUACUUGGGCAACCCCUCAUAAGCUACGGUAUUGGCGUCGUCCUCCGCUCAGACAGCCCUGAGUGUAUACCUGGUGUCCAUGUGUAUGGGAUGCUACCUCACCAUGACUACGCCCUCCUUCACCCCUCUACCAUCUCCACCCUCCGCAAGAUCGUCAAGCACCCCCACUUAUCCUGGGCCACCUACCUUGGUGCCGCAGGCAUGCCUGGGCUGACUGCGUUCUCUGGGUGGAUGGAGUAUGCGCCGAGGAACGGGAAAGGCCUCACCGCGUUCGUCACGGCCGCGAGCGGGCCCGUGGGGUCCAUGGUUGUUCAGCUAGCCAAACAGGACGGUUACAAGGUGAUCGCGUCCGCCGGGUCGGACGACAAGGUAGACUUCAUCAAAAGCAUCGGCGCGGACGUGGCGUUCAACUACAAGACGGAGGACACGGAGGACGUGCUGAGCGAGCAUGGGCCAAUUGAUGUCUAUUGGGACAACGUUGGCGGCAAGACGCUCGAGAGCGCACUGGCAAAUGCGAACCUAGGUGCGCGGUUCAUCGAAUGUGGAAUGGUUUCUGGAUACAACAGCGAGCCUUAUGGGGUCAAGAACCUCCGCCUCCUCUACACCAAGCACAUCACUUUGUACGGCUUCACCGUCAUGAUUCUAGGGGAGAAGUACCUCGAGGAAUUUCUCGCCAAGAUCCCACUUCAGCUGGCCAGCGGCCAACUUCAACACAAGGAAGACCUCACCUAUGGCCUCGACAAGGUCGGGGACACGAUACUCGCCGUGCAGAAGGGAGAGAAUAGGGGGAAGGCGGUGAUUGUGGUAGCGGAGGAGUGAGGGUGCAAGUGGGGAAUGAGUGAGGGGCGAAGCAGGUCAGGAUGACGAGGGCAAAAAAGUGCGCGGAUGGGGCGAGAACCUAGCGGUGGAGCGG